AUGAAGUCGUUAUCACUCUUGGGCGUCUUCCCUCUCGCCCUCGCCUUGCCUGCUGUGAACCAGAACCAGAAUCGGUUCAAUAUCCUCUCUGGUCUCGCCGACGGGGAUAAACCACAGGCUAUCAAAGAUGCAUUCACUCAUGCGUGGAAUGGAUACCAGACCUAUGCCUACCCGAUGGACGAACUCAGACCGGUAUCCAACAAGGGAACCAACCCACUGAACGGCUGGGGUGCUACACCGGUUGAUGCGCUUUCCACUGCCAUUAUCAUGGAUAUGCCAGAUGUCGUCGAUGAGAUCCUGGACCACAUAGAAAAUAUCGACUUCAGUAAGACGGAUUAUCUGUGCAGCUUGUUCGAGACAACCAUUCGCUAUCUGGGAGGAUUGCUGUCGGGUUAUGACCUGCUGAAGGACUCAUAUAUGAAUGUUGAUUCUAAGAGAGUCGACAUCCUGCUCCAGAAGGCCACGGAGCUGGCAGAUGUCCUGAAAUUCUCUUUCAAUUCCACCUCUGGCAUUCCAUGGAAUAACCUUAACAUCACUGCGCAGACAACGGACGGCUCUACUAGCAACGGCCUUGCAACGGUCGGAACGCUGGUUCUCGAAUGGACACGACUGUCUGACCUGACUGGUAAAGAAGAGUACGGAAAGCUUGCCCAGAAGGCUGAAGGGUACUUGCUAGAUCCCCAGCCAAAGUCCAGCGAAGUGUUCCCGGGCCUGGUUGGAGGAUCCAUCAAUAUCAAGACCCACCAGUUUGAGCACGCCAGCGCCAGCUGGGAAGCCGGUGAUGACUCUUUCUACGAAUAUCUGAUUAAGAUGUACGUCUACGACAACAGUGCGUUUGGCAAGUACAAGGACAGAUGGGUGCUAGCUGCACAGUCGACUAUGCAGCACUUGAAAUCCUCCCCAGUAGGACAUCCUGACACCACUUUCAUUGGAUCCUGGUCAAAUGGUGGAUUGGUCAAGGGCUCUCAGCACCUUGCCUGUUUUGCCGGUGGCAACUUCAUCCUCGGUGGACGAGAGUUGAACCGGCCUGACUUCAUAAAAUUUGGGCUCCAGUUGACCGAUGGCUGCCAUAAGACCUACAUCGACACCCUCACCAAGAUCGGCCCUGAAUCGUUUGGCUGGGAUGAGAAUAGGGUUCCUAGUGGCCAGGCCAAAUUCUUUGCCAAGAACGGCUUCUACGUAAAUAGCUCUGGCUAUGUGAUGAGGCCAGAGGUUAUUGAGAGCUUUUACUACGCCUUCAGAAUCACUGGAGAUAAGAAGUACCGGGAUUGGAUUUGGGAUGCCUUCGUGGCCAUUAGCGAAACCACCAUGACCGACAGCGGCUUCUCGUCCAUAAGCAAUGUCAACGCUGCCGGCGGCGGAUCCAAGACUGACAGCCAGCCAAGCUUCUUCUUCGCUGAGACGUUGAAAUACACCUACCUGGCUCACGCAGAAGAGGCCGACUGGCAGAUCAGCAGUAGUGGAAAGGACAAGUUCGUCUUCAACACAGAGGCACACCCCUUCCGUGUCCGUAAAUAG